CGCGAGCGCGAUUAAAGAAGGGCAGCCAAGUUAGUAUUCGAAACAUUAUCAAAAAGUACUACAGUUUGAUUGGUGAGGAAUCAGGAUGAAUUGUGAUUUGAUUUAUCGCCGUAUCGUUUCAGGAAAGAAUGACACAUCGGACGCAGGAGCCGCACUGGAGCUGUAUUUGACUGGGAUUGCCGGAGCUCUGAAUCUUAAGCUUUGGAUCACUGGGAAUCGUUGAUAUCGCGCGCACUCUGAGCUGCCGAUCGCCCACAUAUUGUUAGACUUUCGACCUUCACCGAGAAGCAGUAUUGCUAUUCUAAAAACGCUAGUGUCUAAAAUAAAAGAGGAUCCAUCUUCUUAUUUCUAAUUCUAACGCCCCCACCAGUCUAACACUCCCUGUUUUUUAACGCGAGCAAAAGAAGAUGAUUGUCGUGUCGUGAUCAUCAACUGCUGUCCAGCUGACAAGUACGCGGCAAAAAGUGAAGCCCAAACCCUCCUAGACGAUCCGGCUAUUCGAGCUCAUUUUAGAGCACUGUCAUUAGAGGACGAUCCACCUGUUGUUACUCAAGCGAGGGCGACCUCUACUUCUUCUCGGGGAGUGUCCUCGUCUCCUGGUACGGCUGAUUCUGCUACUCCAGCGCUGUCCUCGUCAGAAGACGUUAAGCGUGGCCAGCUCAACGCUGCUUCUUAUGCCGCCACUUCUUUAUUUUCGAAGGGGUCACCCACGAGGGCGUCGAACAAUCUGUUGCCUCCACGAGUUGUCGAGUAUCUUCGGAAACAUUGGUCCUCGAAUAAACAUAAAGGAGGACAACCGCCUGAUAUCCACGAGGCGGCCAGAGCGUAUGUGGACCUGUACGCAAAAGGGGGGCCAAGAGACUUCUAUCUUUACUUCUUCGGCGUUGACGAUUAUUUGGAGAUAUAUGCACACGACCACUCGAACUUUGACAUUGUUCCUUUUUUCGCGCCAGUGAUCAAAAGAGUGGAAGAAGCAAUAAAACUGGCGGUUGUUGUUGCAAAAGGACCACAAGGCCGAAAACCUCCUUCGUUAGUGGGACAGGUGUCUAAACCAUCGUUGGCCCAGGUGUGUGAAAAGUCGUCGUUGGCCGAUCAUGCUGAAGCCUUUGUAGACAUCGAAGCGCAAAUAGGAGAGAAGGGACCUUCAUUUGUAGACCCAAAGGCGCAGGACCAGGCGGCACAAGAAGAUAAGACCCUGGAAAGGCACGAGCAGCACGAAGAGCAGGCCCAGGCGCAACGAGGCCACGAAGGCAAUCUAGAGACCACGUCAAGCACUGGAGGGACCACUAGUACUCGAAUUCUCAUUAACUGCCGGCAGGGAAUCAACAGGUCAGGUGCUUGCCUCUGUGCGGCAUUGCUCUUUUUACUCGAGAGGCACCCUGAUAAAGCAGUCAUUCCGCCUGAGCUGUAUGCUAGUUAUGAUCUUAAUUUUUUUUCUUAGACUACUGUUUGAGUUGGGUUCCUACUCUGUUUUAGUCGUGUUUUUGCUCUUCACAGUCCUCUAACCUUUUCCAGCACCAGGUACCAGAAUAUUGCCCAACUAGUAUCCGUGAGGACACCUCGAUUGUUGUUCUAAUCUUUUCAGCAAAGGAAGGGGCUAUUCUUAGUAGUUUAUUGUUCUAAUCCCAGCGUCACCAAGACAGACGCCAAACGGAUGAGUACGUGGAUCGGGUUAUUCAGUAUAUGAGAGGAAAGCGGCAUCCGCGUUACGAAGGCGAACUAGUGUUGAGCAACGCCCAGUUUGUGGAACAAUUAAAGGAGUGGUUUUAUGGGACAUUCCAUAUAGCGGCAGAACGAACCGUGAAGUAAGACGGGGGACAUUCCAUAUGACGGGAGUAGCUGAAUGAGAAUGAACGAACUCUGAAGUAAAGGAGCAGGUUUUGCCAACAUUGGGAUGUCAUGAGAGUUGGCACAGCCUUCCUUCCUAGAUUUGAUUACAAGAGCAGUGCUGCUUUGACUUUUCCCUUGCGCCUGAAUGUUUCCCCGCACCUUUCUUUCCCAACGUUUUCUCGCGCCUUGCGCUUUCACAUCUCUCUUCAAUAUUUUUCUUUUUGUAGGUUACUAUUUGAUGCAG